UGCACUAUCUUUGAAAUGGCAUGGUUAAGGUUUCUGUUUUGUCUUCUUUUUGUGAAAAAGUGUACAUCACAAGGUUGGUGGCUCAGUCCAGAAAAUGGAACAACCUGCAAUCCAGGGACAUGUGGAGAAAAAGAUGAAACGUGUGAAUGUUCACUUACAGUUGCACACAGGCUUACCAUGAUGACGACAAACCCUCCCUUACUAGUUCUACCUACCAACGGGCGUCUUCGUUUUUAUAAUACUUCAAGUAUAAUGCCUGAUAAAAAGAUGUCAGAGGUUAUAACGUGUGAUGGAUAUGGAUCUCGCCUUGUUAUAGCUAUUAAUGGAAAGUUUCCUGGUCCUGAAAUUGUUGCAUACGAAAAUCAAAAAAUGAUCAUCCAUGUUCGAAAUUUAAUGCACACAGAUUCCACUACGAUUCAUUGGCAUGGCAUGCAUCAAAAAGGAACUCCAGGAUAUGACGGAGUGGCUUUCAUCAGUCAGAAUCCUAUCUUACCUGGACAUACAUACACUUACAAAUUUACAGCUCAGCCACAUGGAACCAGUUUUUACCAUGCACACAUUGGCGACCAACGAAGUAUGGGAUUAAAUGGAGGACUCAUAAUAUAUCCAAGAUAUAAGUUCUACUCACAACCCCAGGUCGGAUUCACUGUUAUAAUUCAGGACUGGAAUCAUGAUGAUGAACCAGAGGCCUUGUAUCAGCGAAUGAUUAACGGUGUCUAUAAUCAAGAUCAAAAAACAUACAUUGAACCAACCAAGUCUAUUGAUGGCGCUAAUUUUAGCAGAUUUUAUAUGCAUUCUGGUUUGAUUAAUGGAAAAGGGCGCUUUUACAGUAAUAACAAUGCGUUGAACCACAAUGGAGCGCCCCUUGAAAUGUUUGAAGUAGAACAUGGACAGUCAUAUCGGUUUCGUGUAAUCAGUGCAGCCACCUUGUAUCCGUUUCGAGUUUAUGUUCAAGGUCAUCACGAACUGAUUAUUCGUGCGUCGGACGGUUUUGAAAUAGUUCGUGGCACUGGGAGUGAAAGCAGAGAUCUGGUAGUGGAAUCCUUUAUCAUUCAUCCAGGCGAGAGGUAUGACUUUACAUUUUUUGCAAAUCAGGACCCAGAUAUUUAUCUUCUGGUAGCCGAAAGUAUUGAAGACCUUUCAACGAAAAAUCCUCCAGAAUAUCAUGCAGCGGAAGCGUUAAUUCGGUAUAAAGGGAAUACACAAACCACAAAGGAUAGAGAUUAUACCGGUCAGAAUCAUUGUACAUCUAAUAAGCAAUGCAUGAUAUUUAACUGCCCAUACCUUUAUUAUCCAAAAACCACUAAUCUAAAAUGUUUAACAUUUGACCAAGCAAACAGCAACGAAUAUUUGUCGAAGUUUAAGGAAGUUGUCACUGCCGACGAAACACUUUUCUUUAAUUUUGCAUUCCCUGGAGAGCCAGGAAACACACCAGGCUCGGUCAAUGGACAUCAAUUUAUUUCCCCUACUUAUCCAAUUUUAACAAACGAAGCGGCACUAACUACGCCAUGUAAAGCUAGUGAAUGCGGACGGGACAAAAUAUGUAGCUGCACGUACAAUGUUAAAUUGUCUUCUGACAGGGUUUAUCAGUUUGUCUUAACUAAUCUAGGCAUUGGGAGAGGGUGGUCACACCCUGUUCAUCUACACGGUCAUUAUUUUUAUGUUGUGAAAAUGGGAUUUGGAACCUAUGAUGAAUCAACAGGGAAAUUUUUGCUGCCAUCAAAUGAUAUUGAGUGUCUAGGUAACAAAAGCUACUGCAAUGAGGCUCAAUGGGCUAACAGUAGUUGGACAGAUAACAAUAUUCCUGGUCUUCAAUUGGAUUAUCCUCCUGAGAAAGACACGAUUAUCGUUCCCACGGGUGGGUAUGUUAUUAUUCGUUUUGAAGCUGACAAUCCUGGUGCCUGGUUUUUCCAUUGCCACAUCGACCUUCACAACACAAAUGGAAUGGGAAUGGUAUUUAUAGAAUCCAAAGACAAAUACAAAGGUUUCAGCAACAUUGGGGCUACAAAUGAAUAUGGAGUUCUUCGAAAAAUUAUUCUGACAACAAUAUUGAUGGUAGUUGUUCCGCUGUAUUGAACAAAACACGAAAAGAUCAUUUUGAAAGAAAGCCCAGACGAUUUUUCUAGCUGUUCAGAAAACGAAGACGACACUGUGAACAAUGACUCCUAUAAUUUUUUUGGCGAAAUGACUGCUAUAAGUUGAAUCAGACUGUUAAAUUUAACAAUAUACAUGUAUCAUUAUAUUGGUGAACAAACUGAAUUGUUACAUUUUUAACAAGUUUAACAUAUGUUCUACUCUGCUGUGUAGUUUAAUUGCGGCUGUUGUAUGUUAAGACCUAUGAUAAGAAUACAGCAUUUCUCUUGUCAGUGUUUAUGUUGCCGUGUUAAGACUGUUUCGCAGUUUGUUAUCAAAAGCUUAUAAGAAAGUGGUGUGAUCUAUAUGAUAUAUCAUGCUUGCGAAGUACAGCUAUGGAGUGAAUUAGACUUUGUUCAAUUUGACAACUUACUGAAUUGUUACGUUAUUUAACAAGUUUACCUUAUGUUUUACUCUGCUGUGUAAUCAAUUGCGACUUUUGUAUGUUAAGAUCCAUAAUUAGAUUGUUAAUGUUGCCGUGUUGAUACUUUUUCAGCAAUCAAUUAUCGAAAUCUUUUUAGAAGGUGGUGUGAUCCAUAUCUGUCAAAACUAUGUAAUCGUAGAAAUAUUUAUAACAUUAAAAUAUCAUUGCAUAAAUUAUGCAAUAAAAAUUAUUUAAAAUCUGUAUUAGUAGAAUGAAAAUGUAUCAUACAUGUAAAUCCCUAUUCCAAACGAC